GUAUUUGAGGGAUGUGUGACCGAGGGUGCACCUGUGGGGUCUUACCAUUCGAUCAAAGGUUUACGAAACCGGUUCGCUUUUCCUGCCAAGACGAGGAUCCAUCACUUGAGUUUGUUUCACUCAUUUAGGUGACGAGUCCCAGGACGGUGGCUGUACUUCGUGGCUCUGACAUUUAACAUCGUUCUGAAUUUUUUCAAAUAUUGAAUUUUAAUGGUAUCUGGGAAGUGACUGGAUUUAGGCAUGAGUGAGUAGGGACGUAGCAAGAUGAAAUUUAUUUAUUGACCGAGUACGAGGAAUCUUUAAUACUUGGAUGCGUUGUAAGGGAAGGUGCGUGGAUGAUUUUCAGGCUGGACAGGUGAUUCUUCCCCUUUCAUAUUCCCUCAUGGACCUAGUGGUCAAACCUCACCGACAAGACCAUUUACUGACCAACGGCUUUGACCAUCGCCUUGAUGCCGACAACCAAAAGUCACCCUCAAAUUCUACAGAGGACCAUUCCCCUCGAAAAAUGGAGCUGAGGGCUUCGGACUCUUCUGCCUUCACAAAGGUCGACGCACUAAAAAUGAAUGUGAACAACGACGACGCUGCGGCUGACAGACUUUUAAGAGACCCAAGACUUCUCAGUUUAUCUGAAGACUUUAAAAAACGUUUUUCUCAAGCAAUGCGUCCCGUCAGCGUCAACACAACACAUCCUACAUUACCACUUUUCGGCAUGCCGCCAAUGGGCUUCUACACGGGUCACCUGAUGACGUCAUCAGGAGCGUUACCUACGUCACCACCUGAUUUGCUCAAAGUCCCAAACCCUUUUGCUACAACCAAUGCCGGAUUGGCUCACCUCCCCAUCAGCCACCAACAAAUGAUGAACCAAAAUGGCCGCCUUCCUCCUUUUUCCCCACUACCAGGAGCGAACGGCCAUGCAGCAAAUCCUUGGUAUUUUUUGGACCCAAGAGCACCAAUAAAUCCGCUAUACGCCCAGUUCCCAAGGCUACCGUUAGACGCCCUUCUCCGUCCACCAUUGACCAGUGGUGGGCACACGAUCGACAGUUUGCUCGGCGGAGAGAGCGGUUUUUCUAGCAGGCAACCCGAUGCCAAGGGUUUUUCGCAAUAUCAGACGCCUGUCAUAUCCAAGAGUAAGCUGGAACGCGAUCUGUCCCCAAGUAACUCUGAUGGUAAUGAAAAUUCUCCGAGACUUGAUGACUUGAAACGAGAGGAGGAAGAGCAAGGAGAUAUGUCACGGAUUCACAGACAGGAAAUUACCCAUGGUCACAGCAAUGGAACGCGAGACGCCGUUGAAGACGUUAGCGACGAGCCAAGCAAAAAGCGGAUACGAACGAAAGAAAUAAACGUAGAUGAAAUAGAGGAAGAAUUUGAGGACGAGGAAGAGGAUGAGGGCGACCCUGACGAUGAAGAAGAUAAAGGAGAAGGCGAGGAAGAAAAAGCAGAGGAAGUAGAAAUUACGUCACAUGAACACCGAAGUGUGACGUCAUCCCCACUCAGUCCUCAAUUAAAGCCAGAUACUAGACAUGAGCGUCAUUCAUCCCCCACAUCGUCCCAACCGAACACUAUUCUGAACGUGACACCACCCCACGCGUUCCCAUUUCCUCCUAAGUCGUUACCGAACUUCCCACCGGACACUUUGAUGACGUCAUACGCUUCCACUCUGGGCUCUCUUCCCUUCCCUCUCCCUUCUCGAUAUGGGGAACCAGCUACCAGUUCUGCGUCUCUCAGCGCCUAUGCCGCAGCCGGUUUGCUGCCCAUGGGUCCCAUGCCAUUUGGGAUGAACGGAAAUUCAGGGAUCCUUCACCCGGCGUUCCUGGGAAUUCCUGGGGGUAGGAGAGUGUCGGGAGACAAACCACCCCCUCUGAAGAAGUACAAGUGUGACAUUUGCUCCAAGGCUUUCAGCAGAAGUAACACGCUAGUCACGCACAAGCGAAUCCACACUGGAGAGAAACCCUUCAAGUGUGAGGUCUGCGGCAGAGCUUUCCGCCAGCCAGGUAACCUCACCCGCCAUCGCCUAACCCACACGACCGUGAAACCCUACGUCUGCGCACAGUGCAAUAAAGCCUUCAACCGCGCAUCUAAUUUGCAUACGCACAUGCGCACUCACACCAGUUUCAAGCCGUUCGUCUGCCAGUAUUGUGGGAAAGGAUUCCACCAGAAAAUCGAUAUGAAGAUUCACAGUUAUACUCAUACAGGAGAGAAGCCCCACAAGUGCAAGACGUGCGGACGAGGCUUCAAGCAGCUUACUCACCUCACCUACCACAUGCGCACGCACUCGGACCGGAAGAUGUAUCAGUGCCCGACGUGCGGGAAGGGGUUUAACCAGAAGGGCAAUUUACAGGCUCAUAUAUAUGGACACACAGGCGAGAGACCUCACCGCUGUGAAGUGUGUGGGAAAGGCUUCACGCUGGCGAGUACGCUGAACACCCACCGCCGCAUCCACGCGGACAACAAACCUUUCUCUUGUCAGCACUGCGGCAAAGACUUCUACCAGAAAAACGCGCUGAAAAGUCACCUGAUCGCCUCUCAUCCUUACACCGGGCAGGCGUUGCUAUGAAACGACCAGAAAGUGGACCUGUUACAAAGAGACAUGAUUAUGACUUUUUAUAUAGAUUUCUAUUUGUGGAAAAAGUCGGCUGAUUGCACCGCUCACCUCCACCGCGCGUUCGUUGCUAGGAGACGACAAUCAGCGCAAGCGCAGUUGUGUCAAUGGAUCCUUGUCCUCCAUACUCAUUUGCAGUGUUUUCAUUCAGCUCAGGAUUAUCCUGAACCUAUGAUAUGUUAGUUAAAGUUGAUUAUACACAUUUGUUAAAUGUGGUGUAUUUUACAUGGUGUUAUUAGGUGGCUGUUAAUCAGGACUCACUUGUUUUGUGAAUCCAAGCUGGCGCUUACAAGCAUAGAGAAAUGGUUCAUAUAAUAAUAAUGUGAUUAAGUCAAUACAUGUUGGCCAUUUGAGCAAGCAAAAAAUGCGCGUGCAACAAUAGUUCGUGCGCGCUUCCUAUUUCGCCUAACACCUGUGUCACGCGUUGGUCAAGUUUGAAUCUCACAGUGAUAUGAAAAAAAAAGACGACCUUCUGUAUUGAACCCCAGACAAUCAUAGUCUUAAGCCUAAAACUUAAUAUGACACAUUCAGCAAAUAAGGAACUUUUGUUGAAACGUGUUGCCCAGACACGGAGCCAUUUCAAGGCAGCACGGUUUGUUGACAGUGUGAGAGGCCGUUUACGUCAUCGUUGUAAAAAUAACUUAAACCCACAAAAUAUCGAUAUUGUGGUAAUUGCAUAAUUGUUUUGUUGAUAACAUAACUUGCCUCACUUCAUGUGAAGUCUUUGUGAGACUCGGGGGUAAAGCAAUAUUUAAAAAUCUGCAAGUACAAUCAUAUAAGUCAAAGCACUUCAACGUUUUUGUUGUCGUCAAAAUUUGAAGUAGUUUGAAAGGAUUUUUUUCUUGAAGAGAUCCGUCCUAGAUAUUUUUUCUUUAUGAUGCGUUUAUCUAUCUUAUAGAGCCCAGGGGUGAGCAAUGAAAAUCACUGUGUGUUGCUCACUUGAAAUAUAGAUAUCGAAUAGAGAUGGUAUGCAACUCUCGAAGAAUGAGUCAACACAUUAAUGUUUGUAUUGAUAAACCACUUUAACUAAGUGAAAUGACGUCAUUGUGAAGAUCUAAGCAUAUACGGACUUGUAUAUUAAAGGCAUUUGCUCAAGUAUCAGUAUGACGCUAGUCAGUUGGAUGGCCAUUAUUCAAAUAAUCAAAAAUUGAAAUAUUUAGUUUACCCGUACCUACCUUGCGCUAGAUUGAUAGAAACAAAUAGAUGUUUAUCAAGAUUAGGAUGGACCAUUUGUAAAAUCAUAAAUUUUAAUUGGAAAUAUACCAUGCUGUAAAUAAGAGACUAGUCAAGUGUCGUCAUGGAUAAGAAAACAGACAUAAUAAAUUUUAUUUGUAUUUGAAUAAUGCUCAGAAUUAAGGUAUCUAGUCACGUUUCUCUUGCCUAUAUCAAGGGCGCUGUGUGUUUAUAUCGUGGUAAAUAGAUAUUUUUAAGUGGAUGUGUUGGAUGUUUCAUACAGGAUUUUUUUGGGACAGCGGCAAAGUGUUAGAAAUUUUAUUGUUUUCUUUGUGGUAUGCAUGUUAAUUGUAUAUAUUAUUUAAAUUUGGAAAAUAUAAGCUAUAUUGUAAUGCUCAUUAAAUAAACUGUUUUUGCAUGUAAAAUAUGUUUUAUUUUUCUUUGUUUCUUCGUGCUAAGGGUACGAGCUAAAAGUACAAGCUA